UUUCUGAAUUCGCGUUUAAUAUUGCGUGAGAAUUGAUGAUGGGUGCAAAUUGUAGCCGCCAUUUCCAUGAAUCGUGAUUAGCUGCUUAUCUUCGUUUCCCCCUUUUGUUCCAAAAAAAAAAAAAAAUCAAAAACAGAUUCAACAAAAUCCAAACUUGAAAGCAUUUAGGUGUCCGAUUGACAAAAAAAAACCCAUCUCUUUCCGAUCAUGGAUGUGUCGAAAGUUGUGAGCUUUUCUCGGAACUUCGCCGUCUUGGUCAAAGUCGAAGGACCUGACCCAAAGGGAUUGAAGAUGAGGAAGCAUGCUUUUCAUCAAUACCAUUCUGGUAAUACAUCACUUUCAGCUUCUGGGAUCUUGUUUCCAAGACGAAGCUUGAGUGGUGGUGAGGUUGCGGCAAAGCUUAUGGCUGAAGCUGGUCAGGACAUGGCCCUGGUUUUGACUGUUGCUUCUGUUGUUGAACCAUUCUUAACAUUAGGCCACAGAACAACUAGCAUCUCUCAGGACCCGGUGAAGUUUAUUCCAGGUGCUCGGAUUGAGAUUAUGGUGGAGGGUCAGCUAAAUUCAGAGAAGGAAGCUCCUUUUUGGGUGCCUGCGCAACUCCUUUCGCUGGUUGAUGUUCCUGUAUCUUCCGCUGCACUUCAAUCGCUUAUUGAAGCUUGUUCUGGUUCAAAAGAUUCCGGAUGGGAUGUUGGUUGGUCUUUGGUUUCUGCUGCUAAUGGUUCCCAGCCUUCAAUCAAAAUUGGACAUUACAGCAAGCCCUUAAUGCAACUUGAUGAACCACUCGAUGCUAAGUUCAUGGCCAAGUCUGCCACUCGAAUGGCUCUUCUAGGUGUCCCCUUAAGUUUACUGGGUCAGCCAAACAUGAGCUUUGCUUCAUCGAGUAGCAAGGGUGAUACACUUGUAGCACUAGGAUCUCCAUUUGGAAUCCUUUCACCUGUUAACUUUUUUAACAGCGUAUCAACUGGCUCCAUUGCUAAUAGCUAUCCUUCUGGAUCCCUAAACACGUCACUGAUGAUAGCUGAUGUUCGAUGUCUCCCUGGAAUGGAAGGGGCUCCGGUGUUUGAUACGAAUGGGAACUUAAUUGGCAUUUUGAUUAGACCACUAAGGCAAAAGAAUAGUGGCGUUGAAAUUCAGCUGGUGGUUCCGUGGGGAGCAAUCACAACUGCUUGCAGCCACUUGCUACUUGAGGAACCAUCUGAAGAAGGGAAAGCAAAGCAGUGGGGGAGUGAAGUACCAAGUGUUAAACCAGAUUCUGAUAUUCCUGCACAAGUGGCUAUUGAGAAGGCGAUGGAAUCAAUUUGUCUUAUUACGGUCAAUGAUGGUGUAUGGGCAUCCGGAGUUCUUCUAAAUGAACAUGGUCUCAUACUAACAAAUGCUCACCUGCUCGAGCCGUGGAGAUAUGGAAAAGGUGGUGUACAUGGUGAAGGGAACGACACUGGUUUAAAACCCUAUGUCUUAGGAGCUGAGGGGUUUUCUUCCACGAGAAGUAAAUUUUGGGAACAGAAGAGUCAAACAUUGCCACGGAAAGCUCCCGCAGAUCUUUAUUCGUCUGUUGGAGAAAACAUCAGGGAAUACAAACACAACUUGCUUCAGACUGCGCAUGGAGACAUACGUGUACGGUUGUGUCACCAAGAUUCUUGGACUUGGUUUCCUGCAAACGUGGUCUAUAUUUGCAAGUCACAGUUAGAUGUUGCCUUACUGCAGCUAGAAUAUGCUCCUGGAAAGCUCCAACCGAUUGCUGCCAAUUUUUCUUCUCCUCCUUUGGGUACAACGGCACAUGUUGUUGGACAUGGACUCUUCGGACCAAGAUGUGGGCUUUCUCCGUCCAUAUGUUCUGGAGUUGUAGCAAAGGUAGUUCAUGCAAAGAUGAGAUUGACGCAAUCCAUUUCGCAAGAGGUCACAGAGUUCCCCGCUAUGCUUGAAACAACAGCUGCUGUGCAUCCUGGUGGUAGUGGUGGUGCUGUUCUCAAUUCAAGUGGUCAUAUGGUUGGACUUGUUACCAGCAACGCAAGACAUGGAGCCGGGAAAGUUAUACCGCAUCUCAACUUCAGCAUCCCAUGCGCAGUCUUGGCACCAAUUUUCAAGUUUGCAGAAGAUAUGCAAAACAUGGAGCUCCUUCAAACACUUGAUCAACCAAACGAAGAACUCUCAUCCGUUUGGGCUUUGAUGCCAUCACUAUCACCCAAGACUGAGCAGUCUCUUCCCAGUCUGCCUAAGUUACUCAAAGAUGGUAAUAACAAACAAAAGAAAGGAUCUCAGUUUGCAAAGUUCAUUGCAGAGACCCAAGACAUGUUUGUAAAGCCGGCCAAGCUUUCCCGCGACGUUAUCCCUAGCAAGUUAUGACAAGAUUGGCUUCUUUGCAGAGUCUGUGCCUUCAUUUCCCCCUUUUGUUGGAGUGACAACUUUAACUUUUGUAUAGACAGAUAUUACAAUGUGUUGCUACUGUUUCUGGAUUCAUCCGCUUGUAAAAUAUGUAAAAAUAUGGUCGCAACUGUUUUAUCAGUCUUCAAACUGUGAUUCUGCUUCUGCUCCUCA